UUCUUCAUAAUUUUAUAGUCGAGGAUGCUUUUAAAAUUAUUUAGAAUUUCUAUAUGCAUUAGUAGUUUUUUAUACACAUUCUAUGUACUUUGCAAUUUCACUUAUUUUUUAUCAAAAUUGAAAACGGCUAAUCACGAAUUGCAGCAAGGCCUAAUUCUAAAAACAUUAUGGAUUUUACUAUUAAACACAAGUUUACUUAGUAUUUUUAUACUGCAACAUUCGGUGAUGGCCAGUGACAUUGUUAAAGAUUUUUAUUACAAAUUCAACAUAGAAGAUAUAGAACGUAGUGUUUUUAACAUGAGCAGUGCAGCUGUUUUGCACUUUUUGAUGUCAACAUGGCAAUCCAUACCAUGGUCGUUAAUUUGGAAUUUUAAUAUAGAUGGGAAUGAUAAAAUGUCGUUUGUUAUUAGUUUCUUACACUUUACUGGAUGGCUGAUAGUCUACACUGGUUGCGUCAUGAUGGAUAUAUCAGAGCUGGCUGGAAUAAAGCAGGUUUAUUAUAAAAUUUCCGGCAGACCUCGUCCUAUGGCAAUGAAAUCUCGGGAGCUUCAAAGAUAUUUUAUGCACAUGAGGCAUCCAAGCUUCUCUGGAUUUUUAAUUAUAUUAUGGGUUUAUCCAGUCAUGACUAUAGACCGUUUUAUUCUUGCCUCUUUAUUAACGGUAUAUAUGAUUCUAAUGUGGACUAUCGAUCAAGAUGAUUACAAUUAUCAUUCCAUUAUAAUAUCGAGAAAAGAAAGAGAACUUGGUAAUAAGAUGUUUUAAGAAGUUAAGCGAAAUAGUAAAAUAUUCUAUGUCCACAAGCGAUAUCAAACACCUAAAAAUAGACAAAAAU